AAGUUAUGGAUAGGCCCUCAACCAAUAACACAGGAGGACCGGCAAAUUCUUCAACCGACAGCGUUGAGAGCUGGGAGGUGAUCGGGUAUUCUCUCGUCAUACCGAUGGUCUGCGGCGUUGGGGUGGUCGCCAACGCCUGUAGUUUAAUCGUCCUCGUCAAGGGCGCCGACCACCUGAAGGAGUCUCUCUAUACUUAUCUGAAAGUUCUGUCAGUGGCCGAUCUCGUCACCGUCUUCUUGGUGUUCCUAAGUGGACUCGCCAGGGGCGUGUGGGUAGACUCCUUCUUCUGGAGGUGCUUCGACGAGCUCUUCCAUCUUCCUGUAGGUUCCAUCUCGAGCAGCGUCUCCAUCACGACGCUGGUGGCGGUUACAGCGGAGAGAGUGGCCAUCAUCAAGGCGCCCCUCGGCUUCAGGGUCUACUGCACUCCACUGUUCGCUAGGAAACUUUGCGCUGCCAACGUCGUCUUUUCCCUGAUCUUCAACAUCCCUUAUUUCCUGACAUUCACGCUUAGGGACGGCGAGCUCGUCUACAGCGAGUUCGUGCAGUCCAGGUACUACGCUGUACACAACUGGUUCAGGUUAGCACUGCUGGGGUUGAUUCCCGCCGUCAGCCUAUUGUUGGGUAACCUUCUUCUUCUUCAUUCCCUGUGGCGACCAAGAGGACCUUUCAUACCAGCGAGAUUGCUGGCUUCAUUGGCUGACCAGCGUCGCCUGACAUGGGUGCUGGUGGCCAUGAUCUGCAGCUUUCUCUUGGGCGAAUUCCCGACGCAUAUCGCAUCGCGCUCGUCUGCUGUCACUCUGUUGUUCCUAGGCCGUCCUGAUUUGCUGUACACCAGCUCAUUCAGAGUUUUCAAACUGGUGGUCACAAUAUUAAUGAGCCUUCAUUACUCAGUUAAUUUCUUCCUUUACUGCGCAUUUAACAAGAGGUUUGCUCUGGAGCUUCAAAGGAUACUAUCUGAUUCACUCAAGUGUUCGAGAAACAACACUAGCCUAGGCAGGGUGGCGCCUUCAACCAUGAUGGCUUCCGCGCAGAUUCCCCUCCGGAUAGCUGCCCCUAAUUACGAGACGGCUCCAUUUACCACAGCAGCACAGCGUCAGAUGUCCUGAUUAUGUGCUGACGCCGGCCGAAAGGAUUCACUUCAAUAAUCGAAUGUAUUAAUCCACUUACUGUUCACGUCGUGAGUCUAACCCCGAGUCUGAGAAGUGAUUGUUCAAAAUCUAGGCCUAUGAAAUUGUGAGACACGAUAUCAUCUCACGACAGCC